AUGGUAUUCCCCUGGCUGUCAAGGCUUCUUGUACCGGCUCUAGCAGCCACCUCGUUGGUAUCAGCCACAGCAACCCUCCCCUAUGCUGAGCCCAGAUCCCCCAACAGUACCGGCAAGACAUGCGUCGUAGAGCCUUCUCCAAAACGCUGCAGGCGUGACGACGUUCCGAGGAUCCUCGAGGCAUUCCGAGAAUGCAAUCAUGGUGGCACCGUGGUCUUCCCCGAAGGCAAAGAGUACUACAUCGCUCAGAGGCUCAACCCGACCCUGUACGACGUAACGAUCGAGUGGCGCGGGACAUGGCUGUUCUCGGACGACCUGGACUACUGGCGCAACAACUCGUACCCGAUCGCCUUCCAGAACCAUGCCGCCGGAUUCGUCAUCACCGGCGACCGCAUCCACAUCGAUGGCCACGGCACCGGCGGCAUCAACGGGAGCGGCAACACGUGGUACACGGCCGAGGCCGGCGCCACGCAGCCCGGGCGGCCCAUGCCCAUGGUGCUGUGGAACGUGAGCGACGUCAAGAUAGAGCACUGUAAGCCAUUGCCCAGUGGUACUGUCCGACUCCAUGUAACCUACCUACUAAACCGAGGGGACCACCUUCAAGUCUCCAUUGUGCAGCCUCCGCUGUGGUCACUCAACAUCAUGAAUGGGACUGACAUCUGGGUGGACGACCUCUACGUCAAUGCCACCGCCCUGGACGCGCCUUACGGCAAGAAUUGGGUCCAGAACACGGAUGGAUUCGAUACAAUGGACGCAAGGAACGUGAUGCUCACAAACUUUGUCUACCAAGUGGCGACGAUGCCAUCGCUAUCAAGCCUCGGUCCUACAACAUCUAUUGCCAGAAUGCAGAUCACGGUUCACGGUGGCAACGGCAUUGCCAUCGGUAGCUUAGGCCAGUACAAGGAGGACUCGUCCGUAGCCAACGUUGUCGUCAAGGACGUCCAGAUCUUGACCAACAACAAAGACAUGCACAACAUGGCCUACAUCAAGACCUGGACGGGCGAAGAGGUGAUGCAGAAGGGGUACGAGAGCGGCUCCCAGCCUCGUGGAGGAGGAUGGGGCGAAGUCAAGAACAUCCUCUUCGAGAACUUCUAUGUUGACGGCUCCGCCAGCGGACCAAGCAUUAACCAGGACAGUGGUGCUAACAGCACAACCAAGGGCACGUCCAACAUGCUCAUCUCCAACGUCGCCUGGGUCAACAUCACGGGCGAGAUCAUCGCCAAGACUGCCAACCGGACGGCGGCCGUCUCGUGCUCGCAGCGCCGGCCGUGCUACGACAUCGAGAUGCGAGAAAUCAGUCUCAAGCCGUCGGCGGACGCGCCAGCCAUGGGCGCCAAUGGGGAGUGCUUCUAUGUCGCUCCCGGCGGUAUACAUGGUAUGACUGGAGAAGGGUGUGAAUGA